AUGAAUGAUCAGAGUUCAGCGAUACUCAGACCAGAAACACGUAUGCAGAUAUUCUAUAUUGAAGGAUUUUUUAUUCCCAAAAGAGAAGCUGUCACCACCUACAUUGUUCGGACUUAUAUACAGGGUCGCCGCUAUAUUGCAUUGAAUCUCGGUGCAGAAUACGUUGUUCGAGAUCACUUUAAUCAUCUUCUAUAUUUGGUAAAUAAUGCUCUCUUUGUAUUUGGAAAACUCAACGAAUUUGAGGUGUUCUGGAAAUGUUGGGGUGCAUCAAGUGCCAGGGAACUGGCCGAGGAUAUAGUGAAGUCGAAAUCAACGCCGAUCAUUUUUGUAAUAAAUAAAGGCGCCGAUGGCAUUGAAUUGAUUAGCAACUAUUUUCGAGAAGGUUGUGCGCCGGGACCAUUGACCUUUCAAACGUUCAAUGUGCCGCCGCCGUCAAAUGACCAAGACGAAUCCGAUGCAGAAAUGUCCGAUGCUUGUUUUGUCGCCGGGUUUUUACAUGCUUGGCUGCAGAAACGUGAAUUAAGUCAAUGUAUUCGUGUCGGCUGUCAUUAUGCCACUAAAGGGGUACAACCUAGCAAUGGAGAGGAAACGAAAACGAUAAAAACUACAUAA